AUGGAACUGAAUAGGGCAAACCCACCACCUACAUUCCCUAUCAGUUUAAACAAAUUUUAUUAUACCUCUCCGCUAUCCUGAAAAGAGCAUUCUCCAAAAAAAUGUACACUCCACUCAAUCCGACAUUCUAAUAUAACGACCCAGGUUCUUAAAAAGAGAUUCCCAAAAUACCCUUCAGAGUCUCCUGAAAAACAUAGGCUGUCUUAUAACUCCCAAUCAGUUUCUCCAAGGCGAAAUUAUAUGAAGCCAACUGAAGAAUUUUCUCACAAGCUUAGGAGCCCAAGCCCAAGAAUAAAAAUUCGAACUUUUUUCCCUGCGAAUUCUCCUCAAGGGAAGUAUUUGACAGAAAGAAUAUCUGACGGUUUUAGUGGAAGCCCUUAUGAAGCUGGAAAAGCCAAGACUUCCAAAGAAUAUCGCGACUCAAUUUUGAAAAGAAUCAAUGGAGAAUUCAAACCUGCUUAUUUCGGAAAAGGCAUUGAAGAGGCUCCUUAUGUGACUUCUUUUAAUAUUUUACAUGAUGAUUUAUAUGCUAUUUUCCUUUAAUUUAUCCUAAUUCUCCAUAUUUUCUUAAAUAUUGCCAAUAUUUGCUUCUUCAGCAUAA